CCUACAUAAUAAACAUAACCUUAACCUUUGUUUUAUAAACAUAAACGAGUUUUGUCGGUAUUCAUGAAUUAAGUAAGGUAUCUUAUUGAAUGACAAAAGUAAUUAUUUACCCUUGGAGAUAUAGGUAACGAAUUCGACAAUCAUGUUAAUAAUAUUAAGUCUGUGUUUGUUAAAUUUUCGUGCAACUAGCUCGAUCAAUUUAAAGGAUUUAAAUGUACCUGCAGAGCAUCUUCCUUAUGUCUUUAAUGCAUAUCCUUAUAUCGCCAAAUCGUGUGCUGAAGAUCCGCAAUGCCCCUUUAAAGCACUAGCUGAAAUUAAAGCUUGUUGGGGUUAUGAGCCCACUUGUGAACGAAGUAAUUCAUAUCAUGUUCGACCACGAUGUCCUGGCGAUCAUCGGGGUUGGGUCAAAACUAAGGAGGCGCAGUAUGACACUUUCUUUACUCAAGCAGAUUUCGGCUAUAUCAAGGAGCAAAUCAGUGAACUGAUGGUGAUGUGUGAGGCGUCAUAUCCACAUGAUUCUUCCUUGGAAUGCUCAAAGUAUCUAAGGUUUUGUAGGGGCCGUAACCUGAUGCUCAAUUUCACUGGGUUGAUUGGCCGCGGGGAUAAUCUGCGGUACAAAUCUGAUAUUCUUGGUCCUGGACAAAUUGGUGGAUACUGUAAGUUCCACUCAGACAGACUUAAAAAGGAGGCGGAGCAUUUUAGCCAACUGCAGUCAUGGGCUUCCGAGCUCCAACAUUUUGUGAAGACUCCAUCCAGACCUGUGGAUGAUGGAUUAUGUGACAUCACUAUUGAAAAACCAACUUAUAUUAUGAAACUGGAUGCAACUGUGAACAUGUAUCACCACUUCUGCGACUUCUUCAAUUUAUAUGCAUCACUUCAUGUCAACUCUACUCACGUCUCCACAUUCUCGAGGGACAACCACAUUCUAGUUUGGGAGACGUUUACUUAUGGUUCAGCAUUUCAAGAUACGUUCAAAGCCUUCACAGUCAAUCCUAUAUGGGACUUAAAGGAAUUUAGAGGGAAGGUGGUGUGUUUUAAAAAUGUUGUGUUCCCUCUUCUACCCAGAAUGAUUUUUGGUUUAUAUUACAAUACUCCUUUGAUAUACGGCUGUGAACGAAGUGGAUUAUUCCACGCCUUUUCCAAACAUAUCCUACACUCAUUCAACAUAAAGCCUCAAAUUAGGGAAAAUGAUAAAGUAAGAGUGACAUUAUUGUCCCGAGGGACCACCUAUAGAACUAUACUGAAUGAGAAGGAAAUAGUGGAGGCGUUAAUCAAAGUGAAAGGAUAUUACGUGCAACGCGUCGUGUAUGACAGGAGUGUGUCCUUCGCCAAGCAGUUGGAAAUUACUCAUAACACGGACGUGUUUAUUGGUAUGCACGGGGCCGGGCUUACUCACCUGCUCUUCUUACCUGACUGGGCUGCUGCUUUUGAAGUCUACAAUUGCGAAGACCCGAACUGUUACGCGGAUCUAGCGCGGCUUCGUGGACUUAAGUACGUUACUUGGCGCGACAAAACCAAGCUAGUUCAACAAGAUCAGGGGCACGGACCAGGCGGUGGAUCGCACGCCAAGUUCACCAACUACUCGUUCGACGUGGAAGAGUUCCUGCGUCUCGUGGAAGAAUGUGCGACUCACGUGAGGAAGAGACAGGACUUCAAGAACUUUAUCGAAGCGUCCGCGGAGAGAAGGAGGCAUGACGAACUGUGAUACGUUUUUAUACUAGACGAUUUUUGUACUCAAAUGUAUUAGGAAAUAGGUGACCAGUCUACGGCGAACGAACUUAAACGAAAAGAACGAAAUUAAUUUUACUUACCAUUUCGAUUUUAUUAAAUGUGAUACCUAAUAAGUGGUUACGGUUAUGCCAAGAAAACAAUUGAAUGAAUCUCAUAGAGUUUA